GUCACGAUCCCCUGCCUGCGCGGGCGCCUUCCCCGCACAUCGGCAUUAGAGGGAAUCGCAGGCAAAGAAUCCCGUCACACUGGUCACAGCCGCUCAAUGAUAUCACCUCGGCUUGUGCACUAAACCGAGACGCCUACUCCGUACCCCGUUGAACCCCCCCCCGACCCUUACCAAAAAAAACCGAAAUCGAAGGAGCGUUUGCAAACCACCCACCGACGACUGCGAUCCUGCCGCUUCUCCAGGGCGGCAUGUCUCACAACGAACACCUAUCUCCCGACGGACAAUCUGCGCCUACAUCGGGGGCAGAAUAUGGGGUAGCACUGCCUGGCUCCCAGGUAUCGCAGUCUAGGGCGGCGGAUUCAUCACCGGAGGGGACAGGUCUGGCAGGCUUAGCAGCUGGUGAAGCGAUGCCGGGCCCAGUUCAGCUCACCCUCAAGGAGCGAUGGGCUGUCAACGCCUCGGAUUCCCAGUUCAAUGCGUUGUCGGGCGCAAUCGGCGGCUUCACAUCAGGGAUCGUCACCUGCCCGCUCGACGUCAUCAAGACCAAGUUGCAGGCACAGGGCGGGUUUUCAACACACGGGUCAGGGCACCCCAGGAUCUACAAGGGCUUAUUCGGGACAGCAAGUGUGAUAUGGAACCAGGAAGGACUCAGGGGCUUGUACAGAGGGCUGGGCCCCAUCAUAAUGGGAUAUCUACCGACAUGGGCGGUAUGGUUCACCGUCUACAACAAGACGAAGCUCUUUUUGGGCGACUAUCACAAAAACAGCUUUGUCGUCAACUUCUGGUCGUCCAUCGUGGCUGGGGGCAGCAGCACCAUAGUCACGAACCCAAUCUGGGUUAUCAAGACCCGUUUGAUGUCACAAUCGGGCGGCCACGACAGGACACAGUUCUCGCUCUUCCCCAAAGGAGCCAAUACGCCGACAUCACGACCGACACUACAUCAGCCAUGGCACUACAGGUCGACAUUGGAUGCCGCCCGGAAGAUGUACACGACCGAGGGCAUCCUAUCGUUUUACUCUGGCCUUACGCCGGCUCUUCUCGGGCUCACCCACGUCGCCGUCCAGUUUCCUGCAUACGAGUACCUCAAGGUGAAGUUCACCGGCCGGGGCAUGGGCGCAGCGCCCGUCGCAGGCGAAGACGACAAGGCGCACUGGUUCGGCAUCCUCUCGGCCUCGAUCAUGUCCAAGAUCCUCGCCAGCAGCGCUACAUAUCCACACGAGGUCAUCCGCACAAGGUUGCAAACCCAACGGCGGCCAAUCCCAGGACACGAAUACAUGGAGGGCAUGGGAGGCGUGCAGCCGGGCGUUAAUGGAGCAUCCCAGCAACCACAGGCCGGGCCCAAGUACAGGGGCAUCGUCUCGACGGUCCGGACAAUGCUCCGAGAGGAGGGUUGGCGGGCAUUCUACGCUGGGCUGGGUACCAACAUGAUGCGUGCUGUGCCGGCUGCUACCGUCACCAUGCUCACGUAUGAGUACGUGAUGCGCCGCCUCAACCAUGUGCGACUGGACGGGAGGGAGAAGCUUGAGUUGCUGAAGGGGGGGUUUCCCGGAGCAUGAGCUGGGAAGGGACACUCUUCAAAUUCUGAACAGCCACCUUUCUUCUAAAGACGUCGAUGCGAAUCACCUUAUCGACUUUUACCGUUCCUCCU